AAGCCAAAGCGCAACAGAAGGCUAGCUAGUUCCGCCUCCUGGAGUGGUCCACGAUAUCCUGAGAAAGAGGGUGGGUCGCAGUCCGGCAGCUGGCGGGAAACUCGCGUUUAUUCCGGUGCUGUGAUCUGAUUACACAGGAUGCCAAGUUGGGCCCUACCACCACAGGCUUAUUUGGUCUUCCCAUAUGUUAAUACUUCGAUAUGAGUAAUCGAAAGAUAAAGGGGAUUAAUGCCCUAAAUGUCAGAUUUGUGGCUGAUGAAGAUGUUCUGAAGCAUAUUUCUGAGGGUGCAGGUCUCAGAGUUCGUAAGUUAAGUGUUCCACAUACACUUGAUAUUAAAAAAUGGAUGAAAAAUCUGGACACCAGCUCAGAUGAGGAAACCCAGGAUAUUUUUAAAGAACAGGAUUAUGUGACUGCUCUAGACGUCCAAGAGUCAAUGAGGAAUGGUUCCAGCGCAAGUGGUGGUGAUGUCUUUCCAUUCCAAACUCCAAAACGCUCUAAUAAGAUGGCAGAGAGAGGCAUGUAUUGUGUUUCAUGUUCUGUUCCUUUUACAUAUAUGGGUACUUGUAUACUUUUGUAUGGCUUGCUUUCUCAUGGAUUCCUUUUUUCUGAGCUAAUUCAGAACUCUGCAAAGAAUGCAAAGCAAAACAGUUUGAAGAAGUGUGAGGAGAAAACAAACACUCCAAAAAUGAGCAGUAAAUGUUCUUCAAGCAAAGACCAGAAAGAUACUAAAAGGAAUGAUUUAUUAUCAAAAUUAUCUCACCGGACUCGGAAAAGAAUGACAGCCUUAAACAUGUGCUCUGAUAGUGAAAGUGAUUUUUCUGCUUCAACCCCUGAAGAAGAAGGGGAUGAUGCUUGCUCAGUAUCUGCUGUUCCUCCAAAAAUCCCUAUCAGAGCCCAAACCUCUUCUGUUCCACCUAACAAGGAAACAUCUGCUAAGAAGCUGAAGAGAUAUAUUUCUAGCAAUUUGGUAGAAGAGUAUUUUGAAGCACACAGCAGUUCUAAAGUUUUAACCUCUGAUCGAACACUGCAGAAGUUGGAGAAAAAAAAACUGGAUCAGGAAUCCCUACAAAAUCUCUUGAAUGACGUACCUGUUGCUUUUGCUGCUGAACGUGAAAAGUUAAUGACACAACACAAAUCCCUCUUCUACAAAUGGAUGUUGCAACUGCACUUGGGGUUCAAUAUUGUGCUAUAUGGAUUAGGUUCAAAAAGAGAUCUGUUGGAAAAAUUUCGUAUUUCUCUUCUUCAGGAUUCAGUACAUCUUGUGGUAAAUGGAUUCUUCCCCAACAUCACCAUAAAAUCAAUUUUGAAUUCUAUAACAGAAGAGGUAUUGAAUCACAUGGGUACCUUUCGUAGCCCCCAGGACCAGGUGGACUUCAUCCUAAAAAGUUUUAAAGAAGAUGUUUCCUCGGAACUGUAUCUUCUCAUCCACAACCUGGACAGUAAGAUGUUAAGAGGAGAUAAAAGUCAGCAAAUCCUAGGACAAUUGUCUUCGCUUUCCAAUGUCUACCUCAUAGCAUCCAUUGAUCAUAUUAAUGCACCACUCAUGUGGGAUCAAGCAAAACAAAGUAUGUAUAAUUGGUUGUGGUAUGAAACGACCACCUUCAGCCCUUAUGCAGAAGAAACAGCCUAUGAGAACUCACUCUUGGUACAGCAUUCGGGGUCUUUGGCAUUGAGCUCCCUCACACAUGUUCUCGGCAGUCUUACUUCUAAUGCAAGGGGUAUCUUUAGGCUCUUGGUAGAGUACCAAUUGGAGAAUAAGGACAAUCCCUCCUAUUUAGGUCUUUCUUUCCAAGAUUUGUAUCAACGCUGUCGGGAGGCCUUCUUGGUCAAUAGUGACCUAACUCUUAGAGCUCAGCUCAUAGAAUUCAGGGAUCACAAGCUGAUUCGGACCAAGAGGGGUGCUGAUGGAGUUGAAUAUUUAUUAAUUCCUGUGGAUGCUGGAAUAUUGGCUGACUUUUUGCAAAAAGAUAAUGAUGUUUGAAGGCUCAUAAAUUCAAGGGCAAUUCUGUUAAGAACUGUUGGAUUUUAUCCUACAGUUUAGCCAUUUUGCAGAUCUCAGGAGUCUAAUCUACCUGUAAUAAUGGAAUGUGAUGCUGUAUAAACCAAGCCAAUUUUUAGCUGCUCAGGUUUCUCCCUUUGCCAGUCUAUAUCAUUAUAGACCAAGAAAAUGUCAUCCACUGAUACUACUGUGCCUUCUGUUCACAAAUCUGGAAAUAAGAAUUGAACUGGAGAACUUGUGCUUGAUAAUACAUGUGAUUGGCAUUAGCUUUUCGGCUAUUAAUUGGUGUAUAUUUAAUACAUUAUAGGCAGACCAUUAUUGAUCUUCAAAUGUGUGUCAUGUGAGAUGGAAGGAUUGGGUUAGGAAACUGGUUGGACUUGAGCAAAAUAAACUAUUGAUACCAGAGAUGUGGAUAUCAUCGUUUAUUACAUUUUUAGCCUUAAUUGGGAACAAAAGAUUCCCCCAUAUAAGCCAUUUGAAAAGUAUGACAACAGCUGUUAUUUGUUUUUAUCAAUAAAAACUACUGCAAACAU